AUGACAGACAUUGAACUGGAUCAAAAGGCAAAUCCAACCGGCCUCAAGAGUUACAAACGCAUAUCCAACUAUGCCGAUCGGAAGACCUGGAUCCUCUACUGCGUAUCCUUUACCUCUGCUAUCGCAGCCGGUUCGGCACUUCCGUCGAUGGAUCUAGUUUUUGGCAAGUUUGUGACGACUUUUAACAACUUCGCCAUUGGUGCUGUUAGUCCUGGUAGUUAUAGGAGGGAAGUUGCCAAAUACUCCCUUUAUUUGGUUUAUCUGUUCAUCCUCAAAUUCAUUCUCGUCUACAUUCACACUGUUGCCGCGUCUAUAGCGGCCAUUCGGGCUACAAAAUCAUUGCGGUUGGACUUUCUACGAAGCCUCCUACGCCAGGACACGAGUUACUUCGAUUCGAAAAAGGAUGGCUCGCCCUCUGUCAAAGUCACUGCGAACGGCAAUAUUAUUACAAACGGCAUUUCAGAAAAGCUAUCAAUCUUUGUUCAAAGCUGUGCUACUUUUGUGGCCGCUUUUGCUGUCGCGUUCGGAGUGCAGUGGAAGUUGACCCUCAUUACCACCUGCAUCGUCCCGGCAAUCCUUAUUGUUACCGGUGUUUGCAUGAGCAUCGAGGUGAAGAGUGAGGACAAGUUGAUGGCUAUCCUUUCGCGCUCUAGUCUGGUUGCCGAAGAGGUUUUUUCAAGUAUCUCGACCGUUCACGCUUUCUGGUUGCAGCCGGUGAUGGCGAAGCGCUACGAAGGUUUCCUUGCCGAGUUAGAGAGUGUAGGAAUAAAGAAAUCGCCGAAUUAUGGUACUUUAUUCUCCACUGAGUUCUUUUGCGUUUACUCGGGAUACGGCCUUGCCUUUUGGCAGGGCGUCAGGAUGUACGCUCGUGGCGAGGUUGAUGAGCCGGGUGAUAUCGUAACUGUCAUCUUCGCGGUAGUUGUUGCGGCUACAUCUCUGACCCACAUCGCUCCCCAGAUCAUAACAAUCACCAAAGCCGCCGCUGCUGCUGACGAGCUCUUCCGUAUCAUCGACAAGAAAUCAGCUAUCGACUCCCUCUCGACCGCUGGCUUGACACCUGAGAAAUGUGUUGGCGAGGUCAAACUAAACGCUGUCAAAUUCGCCUACCCAUCUCGUCCAGAGACGCAAGUUCUCAAUGGCCUAGACCUGAAUGUGCCUGCUGGCAAGGCUACGGCCCUGGUUGGCGCCAGCGGUUCAGGGAAGAGCACGAUAGUUGGACUCCUUGAACGCUGGUACGACCAAGCAGCCGGUACGAUUCUACUUGAUGGCAUCAACAUACAAGAGCUCAAUAUUGCCUGGCUACGCACACAAAUUCGUCUUGUGCAGCAGGAGCCCGUUCUCUUUAGUGGGACAAUCUUUGACAACGUCGCUUUCGGCUUGGUAGGAACACAGCAUGCAGAGGCUUCAUAUGAGGAGAAGCUUGCUUUGGUAAAAGAAGCUUGUAAAGAGUCUUAUGCGGAUGUGUUUAUUGAGAACUUGCCCAAGCAGUACGAUACCCAAGUUGGUGAGCGUGCACGCAUGCUUUCUGGAGGGCAAAAGCAGCGCAUCGCCAUAGCACGCAGUAUCAUAUCCCGGCCAUCCGUUCUCUUGCUAGAUGAAGCAACGAGUGCUCUUGACCCGAAGGCAGAGAAGAUCGUUCAAAGCGCACUAGAGAAUAUCUCUGUUGGCCGGACUACCAUCAUUAUUGCACACAAAUUGUCUACUGUGCAGAAGGCGGACAAUAUCGCCGUCAUGUCCGCUGGUAGAAUUAUUGAGCAGGGAACGCAUCAUGAACUCUUAGCCAAGGAUGGUGCUUAUGCGAGGCUUGUCCGUACGCAGGACCUUGACAACAAAAACCGCAAGACUAAAGAGCAGGAUGACUUGGUAGAGCUCGAUGACUGGGAAGAGCAAGACGACUUGGAAGAGAAGGGAAUCAAUAAAGAGAAAGAUGAGGAGAAGCCUAACAUGACCCUGUCAUUGCAUCGCACAGGGAGUGUUUGCCCAGAGUCUCUCCCCGUGGAUGAAAAAACUAGAGCACUUUCAAAGGAGACUAUGGGAUACAGUCUAAUCCAGUGUCUAUGGCUUUUGAUAAAGGAGCAGCGGAAUCUAUGGGGAUCCUACUCGAUUUUCGCUUUUGCAUGUAUUCUUGGAGGUGCUACUUUUCCAGCACAGGCUGUCAUUCUAGCGCGGACACUCGAAGUCUUUCAGCUGCGCGGUAGCGAGGCUGUUCGCCGUGGAGACUUCUGGGCGCUGAUGUUCUUCGUUAUAGCUCUUGCAAACUUCUUCGUCUACUUCGUUGUAGGAUGGACGGCUAACAUCAUCAUUCAGGAAGUAAGCCGGAGGUAUAGGCGGGAACUAUUCAGAAACACCAUGAAGCAAGAUAUUGCAUUCUUCGAUUUGGAACAUAACGCUACCGGUGCAAUCAGCGCUCGGCUAUUGAUUCACGCCUCGAACUUGAACGAGCUCUUGGGUAUCAACUCAGGUUUAAUUCUGAUCAACAUCGUCACUAUAAUCUCUGUCUCCGUCCUGGGCAUUGCUUAUGGCUGGAAGCUCGGCCUCGUGUGUGUCUUUGCUGCUCUCCCUCUGCUGCUUCUUAGCGGUUACUUCCGUAUCCUCCUUGAGUGUAAGCUGGAGGAAGAUACCUCUGCACGCUUCGCUAGCAGUGCUGCCAUUGCAGCAGAAGCGGUCUCGGCUAUCCGAAAGGCUAGAUAUGGUAGCAGAGCAGUCUGUGAAGGCAUUGACUUUUACAAUGCUCUGGUACGCCUUGACGCAGUCCAUUACCUUCCUAGCGAUGGCCCUAGGCUUCUGUUCUUUGUAGUGUUUACUGCCGUCGUGGUUGGUGGUGAGAAUGCAGCUUCUCUUUUUCAAUACACUACCGGCAUCACAAAGGCAACAAGCUCUACAAACUACAUCUUCUGGCUACGCCGGAGAGUACCCCCUAUUGACAAUAACUUUUCAGAUGAGCCUUCUUCAGAUGACUUCUCAAAUGAUAAUGGAGCCGUUGCUAUCGAUUGUCGAGCUCUCGCCUUUGCCUACCCUUCUCGCGCACACUCAAACGUCAUUUCUGGCAUCAACGUCAAAAUUCCACCAGGUAAAUUUGUCGCCUUUGUCGGCCCAUCAGGUUGCGGAAAAUCAACGAUGAUCAAUCUCCUCUGCCGCUUUUACGAUCCAACCUCUGGCUUUAUCACUGUUAAUAACCAGGCAAUCCACGAGAUCAAGCCGCAAGACCAUCGCCGGUGCAUAGCGCUCGUCCAGCAAGAGCCGAUACUAUAUCAAGGCAGCAUCCGCGAGAAUAUCGCCAUGGGUCUGCUUGAAUCGAAGGAAGCAACAGACUCACAGGUGGAGCAAGCCUGUAAAGACGCAAACAUUUAUGAUUUCAUCUUAUCACUACCGGAAGGUCUAGGGAGCGAAGUUGGCACUCGCGGUUCUAAGCUUUCUGGUGGCCAGCGCCAGCGUAUUGCCAUUGCUCGGGCUCUGAUCCGAGACCCGAAGGUGCUGCUCCUUGAUGAAGCGACAAGUGCACUGGAUACGGAGAGCGAAAAGAUGGUCCAGGAUGUUAUGAACGAGGCUACCAAAGGUGGUAAGAGGAGCACGAUUGCUGUUGCUCAUAGACUGAGUACCGUCAAAGAUGCGGACUGCAUCUUUGUCUUCCAGGGAGGGAGAAUCACCGAAUCAGGCACUCAUGUCGAGUUGCUUGAGAAAAAGGGUGAUUAUUACGAGAUGUGCAAAGGCCAGGCCUUGGAUAAGGCUUUAGGUUGA